AUGCCACACAAGUACCGACAUGUCCUCGGGUGGUACCGUAUUGUGAAGGAGCUACGAGAAUGUGAUGUGCAUGCAAUCUGUGUUUUCGAUGGUACUCAGCGCAGUGUGGCUAAGGAGGCUGAGGCAAAGAGAAGAAAAAGUGUACGCAGGACGGCUGCAGCGAGGAGUGCGCUGGAAACCGACCGUCUCAAACGUCUUCGAAAGCUUGGCACUCUCGUGCAAAAGUUGCGAGGGCUCAAAGACUCCGAGCGUCAGCGGCUCGCAGAUAUCCUGCGGACAUUAGUCGGCACCCUUGCAGACGGUCAGAGUGAUAUGCGGGUAUUAUCGCGUAUUAUUUCGCGAGAGGUGGACAGUGACGCUCGCUCGUCGGCUCUCUUAAAAAAAAUCUCUCGACACACGUUUUUAACUCACGAAUUGCUUGGGGCAUUUAAAGAACCCGACACUGCAGAGAUACUGUUCAAUGACUUCAAACAGCCUAGCGCGACUACCGAAUUUAAUGCGACACUAGCAGAUUCAUCUCACGAUGACCUGUCUAUAGUUGCAGACGAAGAGGAAGGCAUGGCGGAAGAAGAGAGCAUGGAUGAGGAGGAUGCGGAUGAAGGUGAAGCAGAGGCAGAGGACGCAAUAGACCAAGAGGAUGCCAAUCAUCUUAGGCUUGAGAAUCUCUCUCUGGAAGACCGCUCGCCGAUCAAAGAGCCAUCGGAAGUGAUUGACGUACGCUUUGCAGAGACUGAUUCACCUUCUACAGUCCGAGAGACAGUGACAUCAACUCAGGACCUCUCUUCAGCCCUCUCGUCUCUGUAUCUUGAAUACCGCUCAAGCAUACCUCAGGUCACGACACUCCCUCAACAGUCCGAGGCCACAUCCGCUCAAUCUGAGGCAAUUUCAUCAGAAGCGGCGCAGACACAGGCGCGGUUGAACGUCACCGAGAAGUUGGACGACGCGCAGACGCAGCUGAAGACGGCAGCAAUUUCAUCAGAAGUCCUGACUCCGGAACGCUUGGCACCCUCGGUCACGACACUCCCUCAACAGUCCGAGGCCACAUUCGCUCAAUCUGAGGCAAUUUCAUCAGAAGUCCUGACUCCGGAACGCUUGGCACACUCCGAGGAGACAAUUGUACAGCUCGAAGAGCAAGCAAGUCUUGCAAUGUCGAAAACGCAACUUCAAUUGACCCUCGACGAAGGUUCGUUCUGGGGCCACCUGUCGCAAGCAACAGCGAACGUCGACGAGACAGAAAUAGUCGAGGCCGCAGCUGCUGCCUUAGCGCAAAAGAGCAGUGCCCUUUCCGAAUCGUAUGAGCGCCGCACACACCCUCCAACUGCAGAGACCUACGCAGAAAGCAAGGAGAUUCUCAGUGCCAUGGGGAUCCCAUGCCUCGAUUCUACCGGUCCGUUCGAAGCUGAGGCAUUGGCUUCUGCGCUGGUGCUGAACGGUUACGCCGACUAUGUUGCCAGUGAAGACACGGACGUCCUCGUGUACGAUGCCCCUCUUAUCCGAAACAUUACCAACCGCAAGGGCCCCUUAGUCGUCAUCUCGGGCACUGACGUGCGAGAACAUCUACGAUUGGACCGCUCGAGCUUUGUCGAUUUCGCUCUAAUGCUUGGUACUGACUUCUCGCAACGCAUAAAGAACGUGGGUCCCGCCCGUGCGCUCAAAUUCAUUCGCGAAUACGGCUCCAUCGAGCGGGUGAUUGAAUGCGAGAGACAAUAUCCGCCGCGCAUCCCGCCGAAAAAGUACCUCGCACAAGUCAGUCUUGCUCGAAUGGUCUUUUCGACAUUGCCGCCGACCCCAGACGUCGAGCUGUUGCGCCCAGGAGCGUAUAACGAGGAGGAAGUCACGCGGCUCCUAGCGCUGCGCGGGCUCGAACGCGCUGCAGACGAGGAAUGGGAUCCCACGGCCACAUUAUCCGGGAAUUUCUUUGAUGACAAUCCAACUGCAUUGUAG